UUUUUUAUUACUGUUCCUCAGUCCAGUCAGUGUGUGCGCCUCGGGAGAAGCAGGGACAAGAUCUCGUUUCUCUUAAGUUUUCCUUCCCCCCCGAUCUCGGGGAUAUUAUUCUUUUCUUCGUUUCCUCCUCUAGUGUCUUCCACCUGCUCCUUGUGGUGGGACAGGACAGGGACGAGCCCGGACUGUGGCUCCAACCAAAACUUCUCCCAUAAGUUGUGCUGAUCCUUCCCUUUUAUCUGGAUGGAUUGUGGCGGAACACUGGAGGGAAGCCGCUCCGGACCAAUCUAGAGGUUGUAAAAAACGUCAUGAUGGUAGAAUCUGCAUCUGAAUCGAUUCGAUCAACUCCAACCAAUCAAAAUGGUGUUGGCAGUAUUCCUAACCAAUCAGAUGGAGGGGGAGCAAGGGAAGGCAGUGCCAGUGGUGAGACUAAUGGAGAGUUAAGCACCGCAGAUCUCCUACAUUUUCAGCAGCAACAGGCACUACAGAUGGCCAGGCAGCUUUUGCUCCAGCAGGCAACAGGACUGAGCACUCCUAGCAGUACUGAUAACAAGCAACCUUCAGUUCAGGUUCCAGUUUCAGUUGCUAUGAUGACACCACAGAUGAUCACGCAGCAACAGAUGCAGCAGAUCUUGUCUCCAGCCCAACUACAAGCUGUCAUGCAGCAGCAGCAAGCUCUUAUGUUACAGCAACUUCAGGAAUAUUACAAGAAACAACAAGAACAGCUACACCUCCAGUUACUUUCCCAGCAACAGGCAGGGAAACAGCAGCAUAAAGAGGCAGCACUGGGGAAUAAACAGCUAGCAUUCCAACAACAGCUAUUACAGAUGCAGCAGCUACAACAGCAGCACUUGUUAAAUCUACAGAGACAAAGCCUGGUAGGACUGCAGCCAGGCCAAGGACAAGUGACAUUGCCAGGCCUGCCACAAGCUGUGUCCCCAUCAGAUCUUCAGCAGCUCCUGAAGGAGAUGAGUAACAAUCAAGAGGAUUCCAGCAAAGACAAUGUUGAACUGAGCAGCACAAUCUCUACCUCAUUCUCAAGCAACAAGGUGUCUCCUCCCACAGUUCACCCUUCUUUACCUAAUGGUCAAAGUGCCCUACAGAAUCCACGGCGGGACAGCUCAUCACAUUAUGAGGUUCCUCCCAGUUCACACCCACUUUAUGGACAUGGUGAAUGUCGGUGGCCAGGCUGUGAGGCUUUAUGUGAGGAUAUGGGACAAUUUAUUAAGCAUCUAAAUACAGAACAUGCGUUGGAUGACCGCAGUACAGCUCAGUGCAGGGUACAGAUGCAGGUGGUCCAGCAGCUGGAGAUACAGCUGGCAAAAGAGAGUGAACGGUUACAAGCAAUGAUGACACAUCUGCACAUGAGACCAUCCGAACCAAAGCCCUUCAGUCAACCACUCAACUUGGUCUCCAGUGCAACCCACAACAAAAUGUCUCCAGACAACUACCCAGAUGGCUUACCUCAACCUCCAACCUCUGCAACUGCUCCUAUCACUCCAAUGAGAGCAGGCACUUCUGUGAUCAGCUCAUCGAGUCUACCUAGCAUGGGUCCUGUACGGAGAAGAAUAGUGGAUAAGUUCUGCACUCCAAUAUCCUCAGUUCUGCAGGCCCAGAAACAGCUGUACAGUGUGAGGACCCCAGCAUACAUCUCCACUUUCCACAGCAUCCUGGACCCCGAGCUCGCUCAGAACCACGAGUUUUAUAAAAAUGCUGAGGUCCGCCCACCAUUCACAUAUGCCUCCCUUAUCCGACAGGCUAUUCUAGAUACUCCAGACAGGCAGCUGACUUUAAAUGAGAUCUACAAUUGGUUUACUCGCAUGUUUGCGUACUUCAGAAGAAACACAGCUACUUGGAAGAAUGCAGUUCGACACAACCUUAGCUUGCAUAAGUGCUUUGUGCGAGUGGAGAACGUGAAAGGUGCUGUGUGGACGGUAGAUGAGUUGGAAUACCAAAAGAGGAGACCACCAAAGAUGACAGGGAGCCCAACCCUUGUUAAGAAUAUGAUUUCAGGCCUUGGCUAUGGAGCUUUAAAUGCAAGCUACCAGGCUGCACUUGCAGAAAGUAGUUUCCCUCUGCUGAACAGCCCACCACUGCACAACAGUUCAGGCAGUGGACUUCAUGGUGGACAUGAUGAUGUCACCAGCACCGGGGAACCUGGAAACAGUAACGGGAGCAGUCCUCGCCUUUCUCCACAAUACAGUCAGUCUGUUCAUGUAAAAGAAGAGCCAGCUGAAGAGGACGUUAGACCUGCCUCUCUCUCAGUUACCAACCAGAACACAGUGCUACCGGAAGACCAUGACUUGGAACCAGAGACAGCUAUGGAAGACAUGCCCUAAUAGCGUUAGUGCCCAAGUGUUACCUCCUGUGCCCCAAAGUCCAGCACUUCCAUCAGAUACCAAGUUGACCCUUUUAACCCAAACUUUUUCAGUUCAAAAUGAAUGAGACUUGAAACAUGACUAUUUCCUACCCCUUGGGUCUUCCUCAGUCUGGCAGCACUUCAGUGACUAAUGGACAGAAGAGGGAUAUCCCUCAAUCUCACCAAGCAGAUAUGGAAUGGGCACUGAUUCUACACAGCCAGAUAUUAAUAGCAAAGGGGCUCUACAGUGUUCUUACCCCCCUCUGCACAUUAUGGGAAGCAUGGACUACUUUUAUAGAUGGCUCAGAGGAGCAUGCCUGGACUUCUCUCUCUGUCCCACUAAGCAUGCAGGACUGGGUGUCCCUCCUCAAAUGACCUUUUCUAGCUCUUAUGUCUGAUCACUUCUGAAGGUACCAAAAACCCAGACUUCUUUAUUUAUUUUCUUUGCUUGUUUUGGAUCAAUGUUACUGCUGGCAUUCCUCACACAAACAUGUGAGCAUAUGGUACGUACACUAACAGAUGAAUCCAGACACAUCCAAAAUACCAACUUAAUGCACACAGAAUUCACGCUUCACUUGUAGACAAAUGUACAUGUGGAGGAUAUCAAGAGCAGCGUUACUUGUGCCUUGGAGGGAACAUGUGCACCAUAAAAUAGGACAAAUGCUGCUUCGUCUGUCUACAAAAAAAAACAAAAAACAACAACCCACAUGAACACCUUAUCAUUGCUUCAAAAACGUUCCAAAUUUUUUUAUACUAGUUAUAAUGCUCCAGGAAUGGUGCAAAAGAGAUUACAUCAUUUCUGCUGCAAAUCAGCUGUUAUUGCCCUUUUACCAUAGUACCGAUAGUCUCCUUACAUAAGCUGCACAUACAGCACUUAACAGCUUAUAUAGCUGUCUGUUAUAACAUUGCCUGACUCCAUUGGCUGACUAGAAGAAUAACAACUGUGAGAUUUGUGGCAAACAGGUAUCUUGCCUCAUACAGUUGCUAGCACUGGCUAACACAGUAGAACUUUCUCCUUUGCUGAAUUUACAUAUAGUGUCAUGUCAUGAUCAGAAACAUCAGACUUGUAAAAUAUGGCUAUGGCUAAGAAGGUUAUUUUAUUUGGGACCAAUUAUGUUGUGCAAACUCUGCCAUUGAUAUUUCUUUGACACACAUUUUUUUUCUAUUACAUCACAUACUUACAUAGUCUGUUAAAAAAUUUGAAGUAUUGUUACCUUGUUUAAUGUGCAUGUGACCCUGUCACAGAAUUUCCCACAGCUCCUGAACAAGUGAAGGACCAGUAUGAUCGUUCCUCCUGUGUGCUGCACCCUCCAAUGCCUCCCUGACCAAAGAUACCUCUUCAUGCCAAACAAACCAAAAUCACCUCUUACUUUGGCUUUUAUGGUCAUGGUACAAGUAUGGAGGUUACCACAUGCCAAAGGUACUUGUGUAUCGGCAACAGUUAACGGGACUCUAUAUCGCACCCCCUUCCCUCUCCAUGCCGGAGUCCAAUCUCACUUAACGCUUUAUGUCAUUGACCUGCAUAUCUACAUUAAGAGGUUUGGUGUUGCAUAAGUUGCUGCCAUACUGUGCAAGCCUUGAUCGAUUGUGGUAACAUUUGUGUUUGUUUGUAGAGAGCAAGGCUAGAAAAGUAUUAAUUUUAAUCAUGUAGAAGUCAUAUCAUAGUUUGAAUGUGUGUUACACACUGAUAAUGUUGUGCCCAGAUACACUAUGUAUGCAAGUUGAUGAUGAAUGUGUGCAAAUCCUUUGUUUUUGUUUUUUUACAUUUAAGAGGUAUAUAUGCGCAGUGUUUAAAUUUUUUUGGUAUUGUGUGUGUACAGCCAUGAGUGGGAGGACAUACACACUGCAGCCCAGACCCCGUGUCCUUUCCCAUGGUAGUGCCCAUAUGUUGUCUCACUAUGCUGCUGGUUGGUGGGAGGAGAAAGAGGAGAGAAAAGGCAAGAAUUGUUACCUCAUCAGUGCAGGGGUCUUUGUAUAAAGGAUCCAACACUGUGCCAGCAUCACGUGUGCGCCUGGUACAGAAUCCUCGUGUACAAUAGGUUCUAGGUGCAUGAAACAAAUAUGUAUGGACAUUGGCAUAUAAAAUGCAAUAAAUAUAAUUCUGUCACA